AUGGAGUAGGAGAAAACUUUCGAAGAAUAGUUAGAGGCAGCAGAAAAUAAAAUAAAAGACUCUUAAGAGAAUUUGGGAGAUGUUGAGGUUAGAGAUGCAAUGCUUGAAAAAGCCUCAUUGCAAUAAAAAUAUAAUAAAUAUGAAGAUGCAAUCAAAACUUAUAUUGACACAUUGCCAAAAUCUGUUGGCAUUGGAAAAAAAAUGGAUGUCCAUUUCUUAAUUUUACAAAUAUAUUUAAAAUAAAGAAACCUCGAAAAAUUCAAGGAUCAUUUGAAUUAAUAAUAAAUAUUAUUGGAUUAAGGAGGUGAUUGGGAAAGAAAGAAUAGACUCAAAGUUUAUGAAGGAAUUUAUUGUUUGAUGAUCAGAGAUAUCACAAAAGCAUGCAAAUUAUUCUUAGACUCUGUUGCCACAUUCAAUUCAUCUGAAAUCAUAUCCUACAAUGAAAUAGUUAGUUACACUGUUCUAACCAGUAUCAUAUGUUUGGAUAGAUAAUCUUUAAAGAAGAAGGUACAUUAAAACCCAGAAGUUGUGGGAGUUUUAAGAGAGAAUCAAGUCCUGAAAAGUUUCUUGGAAUCAUUUUUACAAUGUGAUUAUAAGACACUCUUCUAGAAGUUUGCAAUUGUCAAUGAAAAUCUUUCACAGGAUCAAUACUUGAGUAUCCAUAGAAAAUAUUUAAUUAGAGAAUAUAGAGUAGUAUUCUACUCCUAAUUUUUGGAAAGCUAUAAAACAGUGACAUUGAAUAAUAUGGCAAAAGCAUUUGGAGUCAGUGUAUAAUUUAUUGAUAGAGAAUUGAGCGAAUUAAUAUCAUCAAGAAGAAUCAAUUGUAAAAUUGAUAAAGUUGCUGGGAUCAUCGAAUCAUCUAGGGCUGAUGAUAGAAACUAACUCUAUAAUAAUUUAAUUAAAUAGGGUGAUUACCUACUCAAUAGAGUUUAGAAACUAUCAAGAUUAACAGAUUUAUGA